AUGGGGAAGCUGAGCAUUACGGUGCAUGGCUGCCGUCUUUUGCACUCGCCUGGCCUUGCCGCAAUAAAUCCACGCAUACGCAUAGUUGUCGAUGGGGUGUACAAAUUUCAUACCCGUAGUAAGAAGAACACACACACCCCAGAUUUUGAUGAAACGUUCACCGUGGGGAAUACACAUCGUCUUGCUAUAGUUGAGGUGCAGACAUACCAUUGCCCCACGACAGGCAGCAGUGUUGAGGAUGAAUGCCUUCUUGGUAGUUGUCGCAUUUCGAUUGAGAGGCUGGUGGAGGGACAAAAAAAGUUGUUUCAGUAUUUUUUGGCUGCAAAGGACGGCACGGGGUUAGCAGGAACAGUCACCAUCACGUUGAAGACGGACAUUCAAGGAGGUAUAAUGCCCUUUAUAGACGAUACGGAUGAGAAGGAGUAUGUAAAACGACUUGUGCGUCUUCUGCUGCGUUGCAAUAAGGAACUUUUGGGGGACAUUGACUUGCUGAUGGCGUCUGUGAAGGGUCUGCCGAUGCCACAGCGAGUAAGAACAAGUAUGUCAAAUUCUUCGUUGGAAGGAAUCUCUCUUGAAAAAUCGAUUUCAGGCGAUCGCUUUGUGACGUUUGAGGAUUUGGUGGAAAGCUUAUGCGCUAAGUAUAACUGCAGAGAAGAACCCGGGUAUACCCUCUCUCUGGUUGUUGAGGGUUGUACAUGCCUUGAGCGGCCCACAAUGUAUCUUCCUUCAAAUGUGGUUGUAGUGAUCCGUGGUCCAAUGCAGGACUUUGUGACGCCGCAUCGGCCCUUUACCUCAAACCCGGUUUGGGGUACACCGACGGGCGCAACAAGUUUGGACAUUGUAGAUCCCUUCAAUUUUGUCUUGGACAUCAUUUUGUAUCAGGUUUCCGCAAUGUCGAGGUGGGAAGAGCUCGCACGGGCACAGGUUUCUCUUUCGACUCUUACCCCCAAUUAUCUCUCGGCGAGACAGGUAUUUCUGCUUGGGGAAAAAUCUUUUUUUCAGCCAUAUAUCAGGGGCAUGGUCCAUCUUACGUUGAGGCCGCAUGGUUUUGGUGCAGUAUCGCUGCAGCGGGCAGAACAUGUGGAUCGAUUCCAUGAGCGGCUGAAUCGCUUCUUUUACCGGUAUGACCAGCAACGAAUCCCUCAGGUGGACCUUCUUCUCAGGUCCCGCUCGAAUAAUCUAGAGGAAUUGAUGAGUGAACUGGAAAUUGAGUACGGUAGGGAACCAGGGACAAUGGAGCUGUGGCUCUCUGUCUUGGAAGUGAGUUCAUUGCAAAGUGACGCAAAAUCAGAUCUUGAUGACAGCAAUGUUGUUGUUGUGAUUACGAUGAGCGAUCAGGUGGUACGCACAAGUCAAAAACGUGUGGUAGUAAACUCUCGCACUGAAAUUGAUGAAACCUUUGUUUUUGAUGUCGCGCGGGAAACAGACAUGAUUAAAUUGGAGGUGGUGCGGGCGGGUCAAGAGAGUAUUGUGUAUGGCCGUAUAGAUUUCUCAUUUCGAAUGAUGCAGCGUGGGGUUCGUAACGACCGCACAUUGCAUUUGGUUGGGGCCGCUGGCACAAAUGAGGCCUACCUGAGUGGUCUAAUUAAAAUUUCAAUUUUUAGCGAGCAGUUAGGCCAUGCGUAUUCCAUGGACGUUGAGGCAGCAAGCAUGUAUGCUGGGCGGCUUCGAAGGUACCUACAUCUACGAGCCCCAGAGAAACUUCACCUUGUGGAUAUUGUUAUUGACACGGUGUUUGACAUUGAAGGUUUUUUGAGGGAUCUCGCCAAAGAAUAUGGCCAAGAGGAUGGCACGUACGGUGUGUAUAUUUCACUGUUAGGAUGCCGUCAACUUCCCAGCCGCCUAGGGUUUAGCAUGAACGCCUAUGCCGUGGUGCGUAUGGGGAUCACGCGAUAUGAAACACGUGUAGUGAAGAACAGUACCGAGCCGGAUUUUUUUGAAAAUUUUGAGUUUUAUGUAGAUCGACCGCAUGAGAUGCAAAUUACAAUUUUUGUGAUGGACCGAUACGAUCUUGGUGAUGACAGGGAGGUGGGGCGUGUUGUUAUUCCCCUCAACACGGUGCAGCUGGCGGAGCAGUGCCACCAAUGGCUACCACUGGAGAAGCCGGAUAAAGGCGGGGUUGCCGGACUUGUUGGUGUAAAGUACACGGUAAAUGAUCUCCACCUGCGCGACACGGGACACAGGGAAGGAGAGAAAAAACGGUUGGUGGAAGAUCACUCGCGCGAUCGUCCACGGCCGCAAAAUCCAUUGGCUUCAUUAACGGACCGAAAUCGACGACAUGGGAAUAUUUUUUCCCGCAUUGGUGGCUGGCGUAAUAAAUUGUUUCGUAUGGCUGCACAUAAUUUGCCGCAUGAGAGAACGAUGAACGGUGGCUCCAUGACGGGCAGUGAUCUUAGCUCGGGACCGAGUAGCGAUCACGAAUUCUUCCCGCAACCACCACUGAACAUCAUAGACGAGAGUAUUCAUUCCAUUGAUGAAUUCUGUUCCGUAUCAAGGCCAGGGAGUUCGCCCAUGCUUUUUUUGACGUCACCAAAAGAAGUAAAAUCGUCGGCUGCAAUCCCAUCAUAUUUGCAGUUGCAACCACUGUUGCGUUAUCAGAAGCGGCUGCAUGUACGUGUAUUGUAUUGCGAUUAUCUUGACGACAAGAGGUGGAUUCCGCCAAGUCCAUACGUGAUGCUUUCAACACUUGAAAAGACACAGUGCACAAAAGUUGCCUUUCUCACGCGGUCCCCAAAGUACAAUGAGACACUUGUUUUCCCUAUUAAUGAUCCGAACAACGACUAUCUUAGUAUCACUGUCAUCACGGAUACACCUUACGGGAAGAAAUGUUUGGGUCACUGUGUACUUUCCCUGAAAAACAUACAGAAAGGGACGCCACGAACACGACGCGUAUCACUGGUUGUGUUGCCGCAUCGGUCAGUGGCAAUGGAAAGGGGCAACAUUUGCCUAACACUUUUUGGGGAAAAUUUUGGAUUGGACUACAUGCCCUCCGUCGACGCUGAGAAUCGAUUUAGCGGUUUCCUUCGUAAAAUUCUUGCGAGUCAGAUUCCGCAGCAGCUUCACCGCCUCGAGUGGUACAUUGGCGAGUACUCGCUCAGGGAGAAUGAGUUGUUGGAAAAAAUAUUUGCCUUGCGUGAAACAGGAGGUGAGGAGGAAGUGGCGGCAGACCUCAAGCUCAGAGUAAAGAGUGUAGCGCAGUUGUACCUGAAUGGUCAACUUGUUGCCUCUGGCUUGUGCUUUGUGAAGGUGAGGGUUGGUCGCAGGACGCUUCAUCGUACAAAAUCUGUGCCGGGAGCGAAUGGAUGUUUUAACAUUGAUGAGGAAUGUUCUCUCACCAUUCCGCAUCCAACGAAGCAGACGCUAAGAAUAACGGUUCACGCCGAUACCAAGGGAACUUUUAACUGCGGUGAGUGCGAGUUGUCUCUUUUGGACUUGCACCAAGAUGUUGUGCAGGAAAGAACGCAUUUUAUCGUGAAAAAUACCGGUCUUCCUUUAGCAACUCCGGUUGGUUACAUCACAAUUUCACUUCUUAGCAAUAAUUUUGGUAGUUUGGUCUCGCCAAUGGAUAGGAGUGACGAAAGUCAGUACGUGCGGCUGAGAAAUUAUUACUACUACUACCUUCGUGAACAAUUACAUUUGGUGGAUGUUAAAUACGGUGGUAUAUUUAAUGUGGAAGCACAUAUCCAACGACUUACGGAGAAAUAUGGCCCUGAAGCCGGCAACUAUCAUCUUCAUUUAGAGGUGGUUCGCUGUCAAUCCUUUGUUUCGAGGGCUGUCGGUCUUUAUUGUAUUAUUCAGUCUGGUCUCACGCAGUUUAGGACGAAUGUUGUUCAGGGAGGUGGGGAGUAUGUGUUUCUAGAGGCUUUUGAUGUCCCUAUUGGCUUACCAGAGAAGGAAGAGGUGCAACUUAUUGUCAUUGUUCUGGAUGAGGGAUCUGCGGUAGGGACGGAAAUGGGGAGAACGGUCAUUCCACUUCAGUACAUUUUUCGUGGGAAAGAGACACGUCUCAAGCUUCCAUUGGUGUAUAAGGCGCAGACAAGCGUUGCCUCUUUGCAUGGAGCCAUUGAGGUUUUACUUUUUACCCGCGACUUUGGCGUUUCCGUGGAUCAGCAACGGAGUUCCGAGGGGAGCAACGCCUACGAACGUGUAGAAGGAAGUAUUUUGCCUUACCGUUCAGAAGGAGUGCAUCGUCUAUCUUCACUUUUUGUGAUGGAACAGGCACAGAAUGAAGGUUCACGGGAAGAAACACCGAUAAACACACCUUUUCGCGCCUAUUCACCGUCUUUCUCAGAUAUUCGCGUUCGGUUGUUGGGGCUUUCCGGGUUUCCAGAAGAAGAGGCUUAUAUUAAGGUCAGACUUAACGGUGGUAAGACACUUCUUCGAACGGGCAAUCUUCAGGGCGAACGGUUGAAGUGUAUUAAUGAAGAAUUUACCAUUGAUUCGUCCUUAAAUAUUCAGGAUGUCAUUAUAACUUUGAAGUUGGCAGUAGUAAAGCUACGAAGGUCGUAUGUGUUAUGUUACUGUGACUUUACGAUUCCGCAGUGCCCCUUAGGCGGGAUGUCGAGGCGGUGUCUUCGCUUAUUUGAUUCAAAAGGAAAAUUUUUUGGUAAUUUGCGUAUCGAGGUGGUGAUGCCUGCUUCUGUUGUGCGGCGUUCUGUAGCGCGUGAAGUGUUAGAUUUGAAUCGGUUUGAAUCCGUCGUGGAUGAUGUGUCAUCCUUGCUGCUCAAGUAUAGCCCAAAGGAUCUUCGAAAAUUGGAUGUCAUGCUAGGUCGCUGCGAUGACAUGCGUACGGUUCAUCGUCAACUGCGGCAACAAUUGGCUCCUCGGGUGCAGGCGACUGUGCACUGUAUGGUGCACCGAACGGAGUUGCUGAGUCCCACGAAGGGACGUCUCAUGGUGGAGACUGUCGUGAAUGAGGAUGUUGUGUGUGUCAUGGAGCACAAGAUUGCGGCUCAUGGUGCUGUGGAUGCAACCUCUGACACGUGUCGGGAGUUUAGUUACCCGCCCCUACGCAUUGACAUUACAUCAUGUGAAGCAUUGCUUUUUCGUGUUAUCGGCGAGGGUGGCGCUGAGGAGGGGGAGUUGUGCCGCGCUGUCUUAUCCCUUCGCGCCCUGCUCACUCCAGAGCUGUACGAUAUGGGCGAAGCGAUCACCGUGUCGCUUGUAAAUGUAAAACGACAGCGAAACAGAGUACACGCAAGUUUGGCCGGUACACUCACCUUUUCUCUCAAAGUCCCUGCAUUUGAACGUUAUCCAAGGACGGUGCUUCUUUUUUGCCAUUCCCCACCAAGGGUAAAUCGCGAUUUUGUGCGUUACUAUCUUGAUAGGAUCUGUUCUCUUCUUAAGCAUUAUGAUGCCAAUUCACUGAUGGAUAUCCACCAUACCGUGUAUGAGAAGUAUGUGGCAAGGCGUGCAUGGACAGUGGAUUUGCCCAACCUUCUUUUUACAUUGAUCGAGCGGUGGGGACCUGAAGUGAGUUCAUUCCCGCCGCCACCGCCUCCCACACUGCAGGAUGCUCAAUGA